AUGGUAACAAAGAAAAAAGUGACGGAAUCAAAUGAAAUAGAUGAUAGGAUAAAUUUGGAAAAUAAAGAAAGUGAUGAACAUGAUCCGAUGGAGGAAUUUCCCUCAAAGAAAGUGAUCAGGUCCUCUACGAAGAAGCAUAAGCGAAAAAAAUCCAAAAAACAUUUUGUUCAAUCACCAGCAUGUUUUGAGAGUAUAGAGCCAACAACAAAUUUAGAAUCGAGAAUGACUUUCAAGGAUUUUGGCUUGGAUGAACAGUUGUUGAAAGUUAUUGGUGAGCUUGGAUGGGAGCGUCCAACAUUGAUUCAGAGCCGAAUGAUACCAGCUGCUUUUGAAAACAAGAAUAUUCUUGCACGAGCACGAACGGGUAGUGGCAAAACAGCUGCAUUUAUGCUUCCUAUUGUACAAAGGGUUUUACAACUGAAACGUAAUUCUUCAAGUAAUGCAGAUGCUGGUCCAUUUGCGCUUUUCAUUGUUCCUUCAAAAGAGCUGGCAAAGCAGACUUAUUUAUUGCUGUGCAAAUUAACAGAGAAGUUCCCGUUCUUAUUGGCACUGAAUUUGGCAGAGCUCAAUGUGAAUACUGAUGACGACUGGCUUUUGAAGAAACCUGAUUUUGUUGUUUCUACACCUAGUCGAUUUCUACACUCUCUGAGGAAGUAUGGGAAACCAUGUGAAUCAAUUAAGCAUGUUGUCCUGGACGAAGCUGAUUUGUUGUUAUCGUUUGGUUAUGCUGAAGAAAUGAGGCUAAUAAAAAAUUUCCUCCCUGCACACCAUCAGACAAUUUUUACUUCGGCAACAAUGACUGAGAAUGUAGAAGCACUUAGAGAGCUCUACGUGACCGGUUCAAUUGUUCUAAUGAAAUUGAAGGAGGGACAAUUACCGAAUGGCGACCAGCUUUCACAAUAUCAAAUUUCUUGUCAAAAUGAAGAGGAGCGUUUUGCUAUCUUUUUGGCACUGUUGAAGUUGAAAUUAAUUGUUGGCAAAUCAAUCAUCUUUGUCAAAAAUACUGAUCGUUGUUAUCAACUUGGACUUUUUUUGCAAGCAUUCAAUAUUCGAUCCUGCAUUUUGAAUGCCCAGAUGCCGAUUAAUAGCCGUUGUCAUGUAGUAGAACAGUUUAAUGAAGGACGAUAUUCCUAUGUCAUCGCCUCUGAUGUAAAUGAUGUAUCCGGCGAAUCACAUGCAAUGAUGAAAGAUGAAGAUGAAGAGGUUAUAUCUGAAAUGAAAAAAAUACGGAAAAAGAAACGGAAGCAUAUUGAUAAAGAAUCAGGAGUUUCACGGGGUAUUGAUUUCCAUCACGUUGCAAACGUCAUUAAUUUCGAUUUUCCUACGUCGAUUAACUCCUACAUACAUCGUGUGGGCAGAACUGCUAGAGGAUGGAACAAAGGCAACGCUUUAUCAUUUGCUUCGCCGCAAGAAAAGCCUUUUUUGGAAGAAGUUCAGGAAGAAAUUAAUGCGCAGUUAGGACAUCGCUCAAUUACUCCUUAUGAAAUUCGCAUCAAUGAGCUAGAAUCAUUCGUUUUGAGAGCUCGAGAAGUACUCGCAGCCUGCACCAAGACUGCAAUCAGAGAAGCUAGAUUAGCGGAAAUACGAGCCGAAGUACUGCGUUCGAAACGACUGGAAGCUUAUUUUGCUAAGAACCCUCGUGAAAAAGCAGCUCUAGAACACGAUAAAAAGUUAUUCUGUGUAAAUCUUCAUAGUCCUGCUAUUGCCGAUGUUCCGGAUUAUAUGGUUCCACAGUCAUUACGAGGAACAAAUUACCGGUGUGAAUCACAAAAAAAGGAAAUAAGGCGAAAACGCAGAAAGCAAAUGCACCCAACUGCUCAUCAAAUCAAAUACCAAAAAAAGAUGGAAGACCCAUUGCAAAGUUUUUCGUUUCUUUGA